AUGAGCUCCAACACCCGAGCCGAUGGUCUGCUCAAGACCUUGCAAAAUAUGAAUGAAGUGGACCGCGGCCGCAUCGUGGAGUAUCUGCCGCCCGAGGAAGUGCGCGCUGCCUUCUUACUUGUCCUCCGCGAACAAGAUGAAGCCUCAGUUCCGCAAUCUCAACCUCCCGUUCAGGCUAUAUCGACAACACCCCAGUUCAUCCCCACAGACGAUCCAACUACUGCUCCUACAAAGCGAAGGAGUUCUGCGGCGAGCUUCAAUGACUCAAAGCGAGCAAGGACCGACGCAGCUGAAGAGCAAGAAACUGUCACUACUGCGGCUCACAUGGAAGUGAAGGAAGAGCAGAUGCCAGCAAACGCUGAGGUGGCGGGACAGCAAGAAAAUGACAAUUCUACCGCGCACAUACUAUUCAAGAAAGAGCACGAGAUAAUCGACCUCGGCAGUGACGAUGAAGAGAAGGAGGAGCUUAUGGCCAAUUACCAGCGCACGAUCGAGGAUGAACAGGCACCGGCGAAAUUACCUAGGAAGCGGAAGUCAAUAGUCGAUCGGAGGUCGAACGAUGUUCCUAGACAGCGGAAGCCCCAAACGGUCCGGAACCCGGUAGAUCUGCCAAUAUACCUGCGGUUUCGCAACGAGCAGGGUGAAUAUGUCUUGAAGACACUUGACGACCUUCCGGUCCUUGUCCGGGCCCAGCUGAAGCGACGUUACGAGUCCAUGUGCUUGUCUUCUAAGUACAGAAGAGAUUACUACGCAAGCUGCACCCUCAACCCAGCACGAUACACAGACAACCCGGACAGACCUUGCUGCAUCCGAACGGUCCUCCUCGGUGCUAUGACUCCUGCCGGUACAGUUAGGCAAAGCUUUAGCCAAGGAGGGGACUUCAUGGACGCGGCAGAUGACCGAUGCGUCAAAGCCUACGAACCCUGUGCUCACUUCGCUAACCACAACGGCGAGUUUGUUAUACGUAUCGUACCUUUGCCGAGCACUUUCCGGGCGGGUAAGACAUGGACAGACCUUGGGUAUUGGGUGUUGUGA